AUGGCUUCUUUUGGGUGGAAGAGAAAGAUUGGUGAGAAAGUUUCAAAAGCUACGUCUCAGCAGUUUGAAGCAGAAGCUGCAGAUGACAAGGAUCUGGCUGAUGAUGAUGCUAACUGGGUGCAUGCAACUAAGAGAAGAAAGGAAAUUCUCUUAGAAGACUGUGUAAAGAAAAGUAAGGAGCUGAAAGAUGAAGGUGCAAAUUUGGCUGAAAACAGGAGGUACCGAGAGGCUAUUCACAAGUGGGAUGAAGCACUUCAAUUAACUCCAGAGGACGCUACGCUUUAUGAGAUGAAAUCACAGGUCCUGAUGUCUUUACAUGAAAUGUUCCCAGCAGUGCAUGCAGCAGAAAUGGCUGUCCAGAGAAACCCACGUUCCUGGGAUGCCUGGCAGACUCUGGGACGUGCCCAGCUUGGAUUAGGAGAGAUAGCACUGGCAAUCCGAAGUUUCCAGGUGUCCUUACACACCUUUCCAAUGAACCCUGAAGUAUGGAAAGAGGACCUUUCCUGGGCAAGAAAACUGCAUGAACAGCAGAAGGCAACAAAGACUGAGGCAGUGCAACCACCGGUAAAAAGCAAAGAGCUGGCACAAGAAUCAAUCCCAGACUAUGACUUUGAAAGUGAUGAAAUUGUGGCAGUCUGUGCUGCCAUCGCAGAGAAGGAGAAAGCUCUUUCAGCAGCUAAAACGGUGGUGAUUGUGUCUGCUUCAGGCACAGUAGAGACUGUUACUGAGGAGAAUUGUCCUACAGCUCCUGAUGAAACCCUUUUCAUCAGGGCCCGAUAA